AUGUGUGAUUGUUGUGGACACAUAUGUGUAGAAGUGAAAUGUCCUUAUUUAUUGAAAGAUUUAAGUUUCGCAGAAUAUAUCGAUGAAAAUAAUUCAUUUUUGGGGUACCAUAAGAGAGACAAAGCUGUGAUCUUGUUGGAACCAGAGCAUUCCUACUAUUACCAGGUUCAAAUGCGAAUGCAUGUAACAAAGUCAAAAUUUUGUUAUUUUGUGGUUUGGUCUCCCAAUCACUCAAUUUCAAUUAAAAUACAUGCAGUUGUUUUAUUUUGGAAUGAGAACUUCCCAAGAGCUCAUGAAUUUCAUAAACGAGUUGUUCUUCCAGAACUUUUGGGAAGGUAUUUCACUAAAGGAAAUCACUUGAAACAAAAUUGGUGUUUAUGUAACUCAGUUGAUGAUGGUAGGCCAAUGAUAAAAUGUUUAAAUGAUGAUUGUGAAAUCCAAUGGUUUCAUUUGAAUUGUAUUGGACUUUCUGAUGUUCCUGAAGCUAAAUGGACAUGUCAGUACUGCCCUUCAUAA